AUAGGUAAUUCCUCGCCAUCCGACUGAGCUUCAGCCGGCCCCGUCUCUCGCGCCUCCCGCCCGUCAAAAAGGCAAGGCCAGGGCAGGGGAGAGAAGAAAGAAAAAAAAAGAGAGCGAGAACACCUCCUCUCCCCACCGACCUACCUACCUACCGACCUACCCCGUCUCGCCCGCCCCCGCCAUGCCGCCGCACCUGCACCCCCGGUCGCGCAUGACCUCGUCACUCUUCGCCACCACCGUCGCCGCGAGCUUCUUCGUCGUCGCGCUGCCGCACAUCCUGCCGUGCCCGGCGCCGCGCGUGGCGUACGCGGACUCGGACGGGGCGCGGCGCCGGCGGCCGCGACGAGCGCCCCAGCCGGGCCGGGAAGAGGACGGCGACGACGACGCCAUCGCCAUCGCCACCACCGCCGCCGCCCCCGGCGCCAGGAAGACCCCCGGCGCCAGGGAGUGCCCCGUCCCCAAGCCCGGCGGCUUCGUCGGCGAGCUGAUGGGGUUCGGCCCCGCCAAGACCCAGACGCGCCGGGAGACGCUGGAUGACGACCACAACGUAGAGGAUGGCAGGUGAGGGUGCGGGAGAAAGAAAAAAAAAAGAGAGAGGGAGGGAGGGAGAAAGAGAGAGGCGGCGUGGUGUCGAAAGUAGAGGUCGUAUGCAGUGAAGGAGUGUGCGCAUAUACCUAUGUGCGACCGGUCGGCCGACCAACCAAUAUGGAACGUUCGGAGUUCUUUCUCGCUCAGCGUUAGGAGCGGAUACAUGCUAACCUCUCAACAUCUCGAGGGGGGAGAGAUAUUCAAAAAAGCCAAUCUAAGCAAUGAAUACGUCUCGCUGGGGAACGGCUUAUAUACCUAUGUAAAUCUGUACGGGAUCUGAGCGUGGAGCACGUUGGUUCUACAGCCAUAAAUGCUAGAUGGUUAGAUAGUGAACCCCCCCCCCCCCCCCAACAUCACAAGUUU